AUGGAUCAAGAUCAUGAUUAUUCUUUUGAACAUUUAUAAGAAUUAGCAAAAUAAAAAAAUAUAUCUUAUGUAUUAAAAAGAGAUGGAGGAAAAUAAAAUAUUGAUAUUUAAAAAAUAGCAGAGAGAUUAUAAAAUUUAGCUUCAAAUCUUUAGCAUAUCAAUAUAAACUUAAUAAUGUGGAAGGUUAUUCAGGGAAUGUAUGAAGGUAUUUAAAAUUAUAAGAUUUUAUUUUAGGAAUAACAACUGUAUAAUUAGAUAAUUUGGCGGCAGAAACAUGUGCUUAUAUGAAUUUAGUACAUCCACAAUAUUCUUUAUUAGCUGCAAGAAUAGCAGUCAACAACCUUCAUAAAGAAACAAGUGAAUCCUUUAGUGAAGUGGCAACAAAAUUGCAUUCUUUUACAGUAAAUUUUUUGUUCUAAAUUCUAGGAUAAAUAUGGUAGACCAGCUCCUUUGAUUGCAGAUGAUGUUUAUAAAAUAAUAAUUGAAAAUAAAGAUAUCAUUCAAAAUGAGAUAAAUUAUGAUAGAGAUUAUCAAUAUGACUUUUUUGGUUUCAAGACUUUAGAAAGAAGCUAUUUACUUAAGGAAGGUAAAAAACCUAUUGAAAGACCAUAAUAAUUAUUAAUGAGAGUCAGUAUUGGUAUUCAUAAAGAGGAUCUACAAUCAGCAUUUUAAACCUAUCAUUUGAUGUCUUAAAAGUACUUUACUCAUGCAACACCAACAUUAUUUAAUAGUGGUACACCUUAUCCUUAAAUGUCAUCUUGUUUUCUAUUAGAUAUGGUUGAUGAUUCAAUAGAAGGUAUAUAUGAAACUCUCAAGAGAUGUGCUUUAAUAAGUAAAUCAGCUGGAGGAAUAGGAUUAAGUGUAUCUAAGAUCAGAUCAUAAGAUAGUUAUAUAAGAGGAACUAAUGGUAUAAGCAAUGGAUUAGUGCCUAUGUUGAAGGUGUUUAAUGAUACAGCAAGAUAUGUAGAUUAAGGAGGUGGCAAAAGAAAAGGAUCUUUUGCUAUUUAUUUAGAACCAUGGCAUAGUGAUAUUAUAAGUUUCUUAUAAUUGAGAAAGAAUCAUGGAAUUGAAGAAUAAAGAGCAAGAGAUUUAUUUUUAGGUUUAUGGAUACCAGAUUUAUUUAUGUAAAGAGUUAAAGAUGAUUCAGAUUGGACUUUAAUGUGUCCAAAUGAAUGUCCAGGUCUUUAAGAUUGUUAUGGUUAAGAAUUCAAUAAAUUAUAUACAGAAUAUGAAUCUAAAAAUAUGGGAAGAAUGACAAUAAAGGCUAGAUAAUUAUGGUAAGAAAUAAUUGAUGCUCAAAUAUCAACUGGAUUACCAUAUAUGUUAUAUAAAGAUGCUUGUAAUUAGAAAAGUAAUUAAAAAAAUCUAGGAACUAUCAAAAGUAGUAAUUUAUGUACUGAAAUCAUAUAAUUUACAUCACCAGAUGAAAUUGCUGUUUGUAAUCUUGCUAGUAUUAAUUUAUAAAAGUUAAUUAAAGAAGAUAAAACUUUUGAUUUUGAUAAAUUGUUGGAAAUUACAAAAAUAAUUACAACAAAUCUUAAUAUUGUAAUUGAUUUGAACUUUUAUCCUGUUAAAUAAGCAGAAUAUAGUAAUAAAAGACAUAGACCUAUUGGUAUUGGUGUCUAAGGAUUUGCAGAUGCAUUACAAAGAAUGAAAAUACCAUUUGAUUCAGAAGAUGCUUAAGAAUUAAAUGCCAAGAUUUUUGAAACUAUUUAUUAUGGAGCAUGUUAAAGAUCUUUGGAAUUAGCAUAGAAAUUAGGACCUUAUGAAACAUUUACAGGUAGUCCAGCUUCAUAAGGAAUUUUAUAAUUUGAUAUGUGGGGUGUAAGUCCAAAAUUAUAUGAUUGGAAUACUCUCAAAUAGAAUAUUGUAAAAUAUGGAAUGAGAAAUUCUUUAUUAAUUGCACCUAUGCCAACAGCAUCAACAAGUUAAAUUUUAUAAAAUAAUGAAUCAUUUGAACCAUAUACUACUAACAUAUAUACAAGAAGAGUUUUAGCUGGAGAAUUUGUAUGCAUCAAUCCACAUUUAGUUGAUGAUUUAAUAGAAUUAAAUUUAUGGACACCUUAAAUCAAGAAUAAAUUAAUUAUGAACAAUGGUUCUGUCUAAAAUAUAGAAGAAAUUCCUAAUAAUAUAAAAUCAUUAUAUAAGACAGUUUGGGAAAUCUCAUAAAAAGCUAUAUUAAAUUUAGCAACUUCUAGAGCUCCAUUUAUUGAUUAGAGUCAAUCAUUAAAUAUCCAUAUGGCUGAACCAACUAUGUCUAAAGUAACAUCUAUGCAUUUCUAUGCUUGGGAAAAGGGAUUAAAAACAGGUAUCAAUUAUAUAUAAUUAAUUUAGGAAUGUAUUAUUUGAGAACAAGACCUGCAGCAGAUCCUAUUAAAUUUACAGUAGAUGUUGAAGCAUUAUUAAAAGAAGGUGGACAAAUAAAAAUUUAAUCAUCUAAAUAAGAAUUAAUUGAUGAAAGUGCAUCCAAAAAGAUUAUUACUAAUGAAGGUAAAACAGUUAAGAAGGGUAAACCUCAAAUUAUUGUUACUGAAGAUGGUGAUGAAGUUGAGGUUUGCUUAAAUUGUGGCUCUUGAAUACAUAUUUAUAUUAAUAAUUUAUAAUUUUAC